UAGCUAAGUCCACAGGUCCGCAGCUAAGUCGGCCGUCAGUUUCGCUUUGUGUCGAUAUCAGUAUCGAAUUGAGUCGGUUCGCUUGUGUUCAUAAUUUGUUUGCGUUUGCGGCCUUCCAAGUGUUUAGAUAGAAGCCAGACAGGGUACCGAACAAACCGUUCUAAUGUUAGUGAAGUGGCGCGCCGACUAUCCUGUAGCCGCAGUUCAAUCGGAAAAGGUUGGACCCGUAGAAGACUGAAAAGUAAAAUAGAAACUCGUAAUUGCUAGGAAAAAAGUGCCUUAGAAAUCAAGUUGCGCGCUCCAUUCAACAGUUUUAGUUGUUUAUUCUGUUUUGGUUUUGCGCACUUUGUACUUUCUAUCACAAUCACUACGAAAAUAAGUAGUUCGUCUAAUAAUAAAUAAUUGGCAGUUCUUGUAAAAUGACGGAACAGACUUUAGAAGUGUGUAAGGCGCAAAGUAAAAAUUAAAGUUUUCCGUGAGGUUGACUUUUCUACUUCUUCUACUUCCCAUGGGUGACGAAAGCUCAGGGUCUUCCGGCUGGCUUAAUUGGACUUCAACAUCAUCCGUCAUGCUUCGAACUGUAGAGAAAAAAAUCUUAUCAAUCUUGAAAACGCCAUACAAAGGCAUGUAUGCCGACAUCGGUCCAGCCGUCGGAACAGCAGAUAAGAUAUGGACGAUUUGCUUGAACUCGGAAUCUUCAAAUAUACCCUUGGUAAUGUUGCACGGCUUGGGAGCUGGCGUUGCACUUUGGGUAAUGAAUUUGGACUCGUUAGCUGCUUAUCGUCCAGUUUACGCAAUCGACAUAUUAGGAUUCGGAAGAAGUAGUCGUCCAAAGUUCACAAACGAUGCACUUGUGGCAGAGAAGCAGCUGGUGAAAUCGAUAGAAGAAUGGCGACGGGAAAUGAACAUAAGUAAAAUGAUUCUACUGGGUCAUUCGAUGGGAGGCUUUAUCGCAACUAGUUAUGCCAUUUCAUAUCCAGAUAGAAUAAAACAUUUAAUACUCGCGGAUCCAUGGGGCUUUCCAGAGAAACCGGCAGAUGUUAAUAGUCGAUACAAUGUGCCAUUGUGGGUGCGAGCAUUAGCAGUAGCGGUAACUCCGUUGAAUCCUUUCUGGGCGUUAAGAGCUGCAGGUCCAUUGGGACAGUGGGUUGUUGAAAAAACGAGGCCUGAUAUAAUGCGAAAAUUUUCAACUGUGUUGGAAGAUGAGAAGCUCAUUUCGCAAUAUAUCCAUCAAUGUAAUGCACAGACACCAAGCGGAGAAAGUGCAUUCCACACGAUGAUGGAUGGCUUUGGUUGGGCUAAAUAUCCAAUGGUGAAGCGGAUAAACGAACUACGAGAGGAUAUUCCAAUCACUCUUCUUUACGGCUCCAGAUCAUGGGUUGAUAGUUCAGCUGGUGAAAAAAUCAAAAAACUACGACCAAAUAGUAUGGUCGAUUUGAAGGUCAUCACUGGAGCGGGUCAUCAUGUCUACGCUGAUAAGGCGGAAAUAUUCAACAAAUAUGUUAAUGAGGCUUGUGCGACGUGCGAUAGAGUUAUGAAUGCUAAUCAUGAGCCCGAUGAUAACAUACAAACCAAAGGUGAAGGAACUGAAUCAGACCAAGAAAAUGAAAACAGUCCCGUCCAGCAACCGAUCGAUUUGAACAGAAACAAUUAACUCAGAGUCCUCCCUAGAUUAAAUAGAAGUAUUAAGCCUUUUGUUAGAUAUUUCUUUUUAGUAAAGUGCAAUCGUUUUAUUGUAAAUAUUUUAUUUAUAUGAAAGAAAAAAGAAUACUUUUAUAUUUGAUAGUGUUUGGAAAUAAAUUUCGUUGUUGUUCUUAA